AUGCCGUACAUGUCGAUAGAAGCCGCCGUAGCUGCGGCGGUUGCGGCGUACCUAAUUUCAAGUUUCAUCUACAAUAUCGCCUUUCACCCGCUUCGUUCCUUCCCCGGCCCGUUGCUGUGGCGAGCCACCCGGCUCACCAAGUGCUACCACUUUCUCCGAGGCGAUAUGCCCUUCGCCGUGCGCGACCUCCACAUACGCUACGGGCCGGUGGUGCGCAUAUCCCCCGAGGAGUUGGCCUUCGCCGACGCGCAGGCCUUCAAGGAUAUUUAUAACCAAAAGAUGGUCAAGUGGAAGGGCAUGUAUGGGUUCAAACCCGAACACAUCCAGGACAUCGCCGGCGUAUCCGAGACGCGCCAUCAUGCUUUUAUGCGCCGCCACCUCGCCGCGGGCUUCAGUGAGACGGCCCUGCGUAACCAAGAGAGCAUCCUCGUCGACCAUGUCGACUUGUUGAUCCACCAGCUACGCGAGCGCAGCGCCGGCGGGCGGGUACCGCAAGACAUGCGCAACUGGUUCAACUGGCUCACCUUUGACAUCACGGGCACGCUGGUCUUCGGCGCCGAAUUCGGUGGUCUCCGCCAUGCCAAGUCGGCUGAGUGGGUGGCGAUGAUGACGGACAACGUCCGCGUCUUGAUGUGGAUGAGUGCCCUGCUCGGCUUCGUCGGUACAACCCUGCGCCGCGUGCUCGUCUGGAUCCUUAUGAGCGGCAUUAUCCCUUCUGUCGCAGCCCACGAGCAGAGGACGAAGAACAUGCUGCGUGAGCGGAUGGACCGUAAGGGUACCUACGAUGACCGCGACUAUAUCAUCGAUGGCUUAAUCAACAUUAACGACCCAAGGGUCGAGUCUAAUGCCGUGGUGCUUAUCAUGGCAGGCUCGGAGACGACGUCGACAGCCCUUACCGCCACGCUAUUUGCGCUACUUCAGGCGCCUGAAAAGAUGGCACGCAUAACGAAGGAAGUGCGCUCGACGUUUAGCCGCGAUGAAGACAUCACCAUGGCUUCCACUCUGGACAAGCUGCCGUAUCUUAUGGCUUGCUUAAGCGAGGGCCUGCGGUGGUACCCCCCUUCGGUGUCCGGCUUGGCUCGAGUAGUCCCAAAGGGCGGUGCUAAGAUUUGUGGCCACUAUGUUCCCGAAGAUACUAUUGUCGCCGCAUGGACCUGGUCCGUGACACGAGAUACGCGGUAUUUUACCGACGCGUACAGGUUUCAUCCCGAGCGGUGGCUCCUAGGGGAGGACGAGCGCUUCGCCAACGAUGAGCUAGAUGCGUCGCCGCCCUUCAGCAUUGGGUCCAGGAGCUGUAUUGGUAAAAACCUCGCCAUGGCCGAAUUGCGCCUUACACUGGCCCGCCUGGUUUAUAACUUCGAUUUAUCAUUGGCCUCGCCGUUCAAGGGUGACUGGUUUAAGGGCCAAAAAGCAUAUCUUGUCUGGGACAAGCCGUCCGUGAUGGUGACCUUGACCCCAACGGGCGAGUCCUGA